GGAUCCGCCUGAUUAUCAUCUCAAGGCACCAGCUACCAGGAAUGUCAGCCAUCUACAAAGAAAACCAAUUAAUCAAUGGUUUUUUGUUUUCCUUCGAGGUGUUUCGUCGCAAUCAGGAACUCAGCUGAAGAAUCUGAAUGCUGAAUGAAGAGAAGAUCAGCCAUCAAAUAAGAAAUCCAGAAGAUGACCUACAUUAAUUCGGCGGAAACGAGAGAAUUUUAGAGUCCACCGUGUACAGAAGAUUCAGAUAGGCUAGUGAUGUUUUCAUGACUGUCGCGAAGCUAUUCAUCGACAGCCCCAGGAGACCACCAGCUGAUAGCUUCCGUGGACAAUGUGAUACUGCAAUGAUUAAAGUCAGGGGGAGACUUGCUUUGCCAUGCAAGCGAUACCAAGAUGGAUUGUGGAAACUGCAGAAGGGGACGAGGACGAUGUUCCUGGGGGAAGUGGUGGGUACUGGUGUCUUGAUCUUCAUCGGAUGCAUGGGGUGCAUCGGCUCUCUAGGACGCAGCCCACCACCUCCCAUGCAGAGUGCAUUCACAUUUGGUUUAACCGUCAACAUGAUCAUCAUGAUGCUGGGGCACGUGAGCGGCGCUCACUUAAAUCCCGCAGUGACAAUCGGUUCUAUUAUCAUUCGGCAGAAGACCAUUGCCACUGGAUUCCUCUACAUGAUCGCGCAAUUCACUGGUGCAAUCAUUGGAUAUGGAUUACUGAAGAUGGUGACACCUGAUUUUUUAUUCAACGACGGCUUCGCUGACUCCAAAAUUCCUCUCUGCGUUACAGUAGUUCAUCCAGGAGUAUCAAAAGUCCAAGCAGUCUUGAUAGAAAUGCUGUGCACAGCAAUUGUUCUCUGCACGGCAUGUGCCACUUGGGAUUCUCGAUGUGCCAAUACCAAUGAUUCGGUGGCCAUGAAAUUUGGAUUAGCUGUUGCUGGUCUCUCCUUCGCUGCGAGCCCAUACACUGGAUGCAGUAUGAAUCCCGCAAGAACUUUUGCACCGGCUUUUUUCAAUGGUGCGUGGGAAAAUCAAUGGAUUUACUGGAUUGGGCCAGUUCUAGGGGCCCUCCUAGGGACUUAUACCUAUCAAGUGUUGUUCAGUGUUCCCGAGGAAAAUCCUGAAACACUGGAGAACAAAGAUGUGGAAUUAUCACUCGUACAGGAUAAAAGUGGUGUCGAUUCAUUAUGACCAAGUGCUCUAGAAUAAGUCCUAUCGUUCAAUUAGUGUCACUAUUGCUAGUCAUAAUUCUUCAAUUAAGUACAAUUUUACGUACAAAUUAUACUACAAUUGUGUUCAACAACGGAAGGAUUCCAUAUCUACAUUGUAACUGGUCUUUCCAUAAUUAUUAUACAAGAGUAAAUAAAAAAAAAUA